CCAUUCUCUCUUCUUCCUCCUCCUCCAUCACCACCACCAUUAAAAAAAAAAAAAAAAUCCCAAAAACCUUCUAAAUUUAGUAAAUUUUCGUUAUACAAUAAAGUUUGAUUCUGAGGCGACUAAACUACGUAAUUACAAAAUAUUUCGACUUGAAAAACAAAGAUUAUUUAUCAGAUGACGAAUUUAGAGUCAUCUUCUUCUACCGCUAUUUCUCCGGCGGGGCCGCCACGAUCACCGUGGCACUCACCGGUACCGUAUUUAUUCGGUGGAUUAGCAGCUAUGUUAGGACUAAUUGCAUUUGCUUUAUUAAUAUUAGCAUGUUCUUAUUGGAGACUUUCAGGGUACCUUGAAAAUAAUGAAGGUGAAAAUGAAGAUGAUAUUGAAGCUGGAGAAAGGAAUAAUAAUGGUAAUGGAUCUGAUAUUAAGGUUGUACCACCAAUUUUUGAAGAGAAGUUUUUGGUUAUUAUGGCUGGAGAAAUGAAGCCAACUUUUAUUGCUACACCUAUAUCUAGUAGGGUUUCAUCUUUUGGUAGCUGCAGUAGUGGUUGUACUGCAAGCAGUGAGAGUAGUACGGAGAAAUCGGAGGGAGAAGAGGAGGGAGAGAAGAAACAAGAAAAUAGGGUCUCGAGUUUGAGUCCUGAAAAUGUAGAAAGUGCUCCUAACAUGGAACGGGAGACCGUUUGAUGAUCUUUUGCAAUGCGAAUCUGAAUUAAUUGAGCCGGUGAAUUCAGUGAGGAAAUUGGUGGACAUGAAGUGGAAAUGCUCAAAUUAGGCCCCUUAAUUAAAAAAAAAAUGAAGAAAAAUUAAGGGAAAUUAAUUUGCUUUAUAAAUUAUUGGAUUUUUUAUUUUCUAUGGGUAUGAGGUGCUAGGAAGAUUAGGAAUUGGGAGGUGGUUUUGAAAAAAGUAGAGGUGGAUAUAACUUUUUUUUUUUCCUUUUCUUGGAAAUUCCGGAAAUGUAUAUACUUUUUGGAGAAUGAAUGGGAAAACUUUAUUUUGGUAAUUUAA